AUGGAUUUCACAGGUAUGUUGAGAGACAUGCUUGCAGAUAUGGAGGCCCAGGAAGCAGAUCUAAACUCAUACAACAACCAUGGCGAGGGGUCUCAGAACAUCAGUGGUAGAAAGAACAAUAGUGGUGAAAAAUCAGGUGAUCGUACCAUUUAUAAUAUAACCUACAACGUUCGUCACUCUCCCAAAAAGAAAACCCCGCCUAGAAAUAAGAGUUCUGAUAUGCGUUUUGAUAUAGAUAGGAGUCUUGCUCUGAGAAGUAAUACUGGUGGUGCUAUCGUGAAUGCCAAUGGAAAUUUGAUGGUAAACCGUUGUGUUAUGCGAUAG